UUUGAUGCGUUGACGUGGCAGAAUUUGCUUCUCUGUGGCUUGGUGGCUCUAAGCACGGGCACAUUUCUAUCAUCAGGGGCUGAAGUAUUUCUCUUCGAGAAAUUCCCAAACGAGACUGGUCUUCACUCCGCAUGCUUGUUGAAACCCUAACUUCAGCUUGGCUAGACGCCCAUUCUCUUUGCCCAAAGGAAGAGAAUCAGUCAUGGUUCUCUCCUUUGAUUUGCAGGACUUCAUUAUUCGUGCUCGAGUGCUGAAGCUUUACAGGAAUGCGCUCCGGACUGCUCAGAGAGCCCCUACUCAUGCUAGAGCUGAAUUAAGACAGACAAUUAGACAGGAGAUGGAGAUUAACCGGAACUGCAAUGAUAAGCAAAGGAUUCGUUUUCUGAUUAGUGAAGGAUUGGAGAGAUUGAAAAGUCUCGAUGAGAUGCUUGACAUGCAAGGCCACUGAUAGCGGAGUUGACGCUCGUAGAAUUUUUUGGAUGUCUUCCUCUUCCAAAGGACUGACGGUUGGAGUGAUUGCAAUGUAAUGUACUUUCCCAUGUACAUUGCAACCCGGAAAUGGUUUUUGUAUUUUAUUUUUAUUAUUGAGCU